AUGGAUACUUGUAAGCGCAGAAAUGGUGGACGUGCUAAGCAUGGCCAUGGUCAUGUAAACCCAGUUCGUUGUACCAAUUGUGCACGGUGUGUACCAAAGAAUGAAGCUAUUAAGAAGUUUGUUAUUCGUAAUAUUGUGGAAGCAGCUGCUGUUAGAGAUAUUACAGGAGCAAGCUUUUACUCCGCAUAUCAAUCUAAGUUGUAUGCAGAGUUGCAGUACUGUGUAUCUUGUGCUAUUCACUCAAAAGUAGUUCGCAACAGGUCUAGAGCGAGCUGUCAUAUUAGGAUACCUCCAGUUCAUAAUUUUCCCAGGGAUCUGCAUCAGGGUCAACAAAACAGAAAAUAA